AAAUAUAUUUUUUAAAAAAAAAUACGCAUCAUAAUUUUUCAAAGGAUAUAUCAGAGAACUUGAAAAAAAAAAAUUGUCCGCAAAUCCGACAUCAUUAACGUUACACAACAAUUUUGAUAACCCAUUUAUCAAAUGGUAAUGUUAGAGAAGUUAAUGCUUGACUUUAUCAAUUCUUGUUCUUUUUUAAAUAUAGCUGAAUUUACCAAUCUUUUGUUUUGCCUUUGAUGUUCAGGAUAUAGAACGCUAAAGUACGAUUUAUGAAUCCGAAAAUUAAGUGAAAAUUUAGGAUAAAACAUAUUUGCCUCCCCAUAUAUAAAAAUAUUUUUUGAGAAAACAUUUAAUGCAAAAUCUUUCCCAUGAUAUAAGCUAGGUUCCGUGCUGAUUGAAAAUUAGUUCUUUUUAAAAAUACACAUUGUGUCAAAAAAUUUUAAAGCAAAAUAUCGUUACGGUUUCUUUAGCAUGGGAUUAAAAAAAAACUUCUUAAAAUAUAUAUCGCAACCUUUUAGGAGCUACAUGUACUAGUAUUUUAGACUUGGAAUUCCAUCUUGAAAGUAAACUGAAUUCACAAUAAUAUACGAGUACGCAGUGGAAAAAAUUUCCAACAUUACAUUAUGUAUAUUUAAACUCAAAGUUUUUACAAAAAUAUAUAGAUUUGUGAUGUUCUCAGUUUAUCAAAUUUUUACUUUUCAGACAACUGCAUCAGCUGCAAUACCUUUGUUCGACCAAGGCAGGAGGCACUUCAAUGUGACAAAUGUCAACACUGGCAGCAUCGAACAUGCAAUUCUGGCAUAACCAGAGCUGAGUACAGAAGAUUAGUGCACGGCCAAGAAGAUUUUGAUUGGACUUGCGAAGGUUGUUCCAACAACUCAGAGGUCCCAUCGCAAGACGACGAAGACGAUGUCAACAACACAUCGGAAGCUCCAGAUGCCACUUUCCAAAUGUCCCUGACUUCCUUGGUGGAUCGGGAGAACACAUCGGAACAGCACACGGAGGAUGAAAGAGAGGAGGAACCAAAUGAGGACAACACAUCAACAGCCCCAGCAGAUGCCACAUUUCACAUUUCCUUGGGUUCCUUGAUUGAUCCGGAAGACAGACCUGUGGUGGAUCCAGAAGACAGACCUUUGGUGGAUCCAGAAAACAGACCUGUUGUGGAUCCAGAAGACAGACCUGUGAAUCAGCAAGAGGACCAGUCCUUUGUAGCGGACACAUCUUUCGCUGUUCCUGCUCCCGUAAACGAGGAUUCUAUCAGAGAGGAAGUCAUUGGUGACAUUCCAGAGGAGGAUGAGGCUGUGGUCGCUGAAUAUGAAGUGGUAGACACAGGAACCAAACGGGGCAAGAGGAAACUGGUCGACAACCGUGGAUUCCAGUAUACUAUUAAGGUAAAAAAAUGGUUUUACACAAAAGAGGAAACAUUUUUUAAAAUAAGAAUUUAUGCAAUAAACAAUGAAAAAAGCUUUAAUAUAUGCAAAAACUAA